AUGGCCGAAAAUAAGGGCCGCAAACAAGCUACAUUGGGGUAUGCUCGGGACCCCCAGCUGACUCUCGGGAGGUUCUUUGGUUCCAAUGCCGAUGGGCCCAAAGAUGCCCCCAAGAAGCAAUCUACUCUGUCUUUCGGAGGGAAAGGCAAAUCGCAGAAGGACAUAGCCGACGCUGAAAACCAAUCGCCCGAGGAUAAGCAGCACGACGAUGACGUGGAGAUGAAGGACUCGGACAGUUCGAAACCGAGUGCAUCGUCAGCACCCGAAGACGACAAUGCGCCAAAAGAUGAACAGGAGGUGAAGGAGGAAAGCGACGAGGAGGAUGUUCAACCUGCGCCAAAGAGACGACGCAAGAGCCCGGACGCUGGAGCUCAGACUUCCCGAAAGAACAAAGCCCCGUCGCCGAAGAAAUCCAAGACUGCCGCAGCCCCGGUUAAGGCGAGCCCGCCGUCCCCGGUCAAGAAGGAAGCCGUACCAGAGAUCGAGAGCGAUAAAUCCGAACAAGAAGAGGCUCUAUCUGCGGCUGAGGAGGAAGAGGAUGACAAACCCGAACUGAUGAAGAAGACAAUCGAAAAAGUACAAGAGACUUUGAAAGCGACUGGACAAGAGCCUUAUCCGGAUUGGAAACCUGGCGCGCCUGUCCCGUAUGCGGCGCUUUGCACAACCUUCUCCCUCAUUGAGAUGACUACGAAACGUCUAAUCAUCCUGGCUCAUUGCUCGCUGUUCCUCCGACAAGUUCUUCGCCUGACACCCCAAGAUCUGCUCCCGACGGUUCAACUCAUGAUCAAUAAACUAGCUGCGGAUUAUGCCGGAAUUGAGCUGGGAAUUGGCGAGUCAUUGAUCAUGAAAGCUAUCGGUGAGAGCACCGGGCGAAGCUUGGCUGUGAUCAAGACCGACCAGCAUGAGAUUGGUGAUUUGGGGUUGGUGGCUGCCAAGAGUCGAUCGAACCAGCCGACCAUGUUCAAACCGAAGGCUCUGACGGUCAGGGGUGUGCACGAAGGUCUCCUGACCAUCGCCAAAACCGGAGGACAUGGUUCCCAAGAGAAGAAGGUGUCCGGAAUCAAAAAGCUUCUUUCUGCCGCGGACGCGGAAAGCGCUGGAAAGGGCAGCAAGGGCAUUGAUAUCACAAAGGAUAAGGGUGGGCCCAGUGAGGCAAAGUUUAUUGUCCGGUUUCUUGAAGGGAAAUUGAGACUUGGACUGGCGGAGAGGACCGUUCUAGUCGCGCUUGCUCAGGCGGUGGUAGCACAUGAGGCGGCCGUCAACGGCGAAAAGAGCCCUUCGGCUGAAAAGAUUACUGAGGGGGAAGCGAUCCUGAAAACGGUAUACAGCGAAUUGCCUGCAUACGAGGUUAUCAUCCCCGCUAUUCUUGAACAUGGUUUGGCCAAUUUGGGUAAGGUUUGCAAGUUGCAGCCUGGUAUCCCCAUCAAACCCAUGCUCGCGAAGCCGACCAAGUCUAUUACCGAAGUGCUCGAUCGCUUCGAAGGGAAAGACUUCACGUGCGAAUACAAGUACGAUGGCGAACGAGCCCAGAUUCACUACGUUGCCCCUGAGGCCGUGCAACACUACCCAGGUGCGACGGCCACUCUUCAGAAGGAUAGCAAAGGGCUCAGUGCCAUCUUCUCCCGAAACUCGGAAGACUUGUCGAAAAAGUACCCUGACGUGCUGGAGAAACUUAAUGCUUGGAUCAAGGGCGGGGUCAAGAGUUUUGUGCUGGACUGCGAAACGGUUGCCUGGGACACGGUCAAUAAAAAGGUCCUCCCAUUCCAGCAGCUGAUGACUCGAAAGCGAAAGGAUGUCAAGGCGGAGGACGUCAAGGUCAAAGUGUGCGUCUUUGCAUUUGACCUCCUGUUCCUUAAUGGAGAGCCGACAGUGAAGAAGUCCCUACGGGAGCGUCGAGAGCUCCUACACGAGUCAUUCAACAUCAUGGAAGGAGAAUUCCAAUUCGCGCAAUACGGCAACACAAGCUCCGUCGACGAGAUCCAAACCCUCCUCGACGAAAGCGUCAAAGCCUCCUGCGAAGGCCUCAUGGUAAAAAUGCUAGACACAGAAGAAAGCGGCUACGAGCCCAGCAAACGAAGCCGAAACUGGCUCAAGGUCAAAAAAGACUACCUCGCCGGCGUAGGCGACUCCCUCGACCUAGUCGUCCUGGGCGCCUACCACGGACGAGGAAAACGCACCUCCGUCUACGGCGCAUUCCUCCUCGCCGCCUACAACACCAACACCCAGACCUACGAAACAAUCUGCAACAUCGGCACGGGCUUCUCCGAAGCCGCCCUCGAAGAAAUCUACAAGGCCCUCUCCCCGCUCGUCAUCGACCGCCCAAAGCCAUUCUACUCGCACUCCACCGUCCCCAAGGACCAGCCCGACGUGUGGCUCGAGCCGCGCUUCGUAUGGGAAGUCAAAACAGCAGACCUGACCCUCAGCCCGCGGUACCAAGCCGCAGCGGACGAAUUCGUCGGCACAACCGGCGGAGGAAAGGGCGUCUCGCUUCGCUUCCCGCGGUUCAUCAAAGCCCGCGAUGACAAGAAGCCCGACGAGGCGACUUCCACGCGAGCGGUGGCGGAGAUGUAUCGGAAGCAGGAGGCCGUGCUGAAGGAGAACGCGGGGAAGAAGGGUGUGGAUGAUGAUUUUGAAUAUUAA